CACCUGAGAUUGAAAUUCAAGACCCAAACAUGGCAAAUUACUCUUACAUGGGCUACUCUGUUUCUGUUGGAAAGAAGAAUGGCGUUCCUUUGUACUUUACGGGUGCUCCCAGAUACAAACACAGGGGACAGGUCGUUGUCUUCAGCAAAACUGGAGAUAAAUGGAAUGUCACACAAAGAGUUGACAGUGAGCAGCUUGGAUCUUAUUUUGGAGCAGAGCUGUGUGCUGUUGACAUUGACUCUGAUGGCACCACUGACUUCCUCAUGGUGGGGGCUCCCCUCUAUUAUGAGCCUCAGAGAGAGGGCCGCAUGUAUGUGUACGCCCUUACGGAAAAGAACAAUCUGGAGAAGAUGCAGAACAUUUCGGAGUCGUCUCAGGGCAGGUUUGCCUCCUCCAUUGCCUCUCUCAGGGACCUCAAUGGUGAUGGGCUCCAAGACCUGGCAGUGGGAGCUCCACUGGAGGACCACCAGAGAGGAGCCGUCUACAUCUACCUCGGAGACAAAACUACGGGAAUUCGCCAAAAGUAUAGUCAGCGCAUCAGAGCGAAGAUGCUGUCAGAGGGUUUGCAGCAGUUUGGGGUGGCCAUUGAUGGGAAGUCUGACACGGAUGGACUGACGGAAAUUGCAGUGGGUGCUCGUGGACAGGUGGUUCUGCUAAAGUCCAAGCCCGUCUUUAGUGUGUCGCCGCACCUCUCAUUCAGCCCCUCAGAGAUCAACAUCCAGCAGUUUGACUGCGUCGAGCACAAGGAGGCUUUCCCUGUGUUCCACGUGACCAUCUGCUUCAAGAUGAGAGAGCAAACCAGAAGCACAAAAGAUGCACUGAGCACAGGGAUUCAGUUGGACUAUGACCUGGUUGUUGAUUCCCCAACGCAAAACAGCCAGGGUUUUCAUGCGGCAAACUAUGUCACUUUUAGAAGUGUUCAGUCAAGGCUUCAUCUAAACAAGACAGACACUUGCAAAAAUCACACCAUCUGUAUGUCAAGCUGUGUAAUGGACACACUGUCUCCUGUCGUGCUCAAAGUGAACUUCUCCCAAGCUGAGAGCCUGCAGUCUUUUGGGAUUUUAGAUGUUGACAUCAAGAAAAUGACCAUGGUGGAGGCCCUGAUCAAUGAGUCAUUUUUCAUCACCCCCAGUACACACAGUGACAAUGGGGAGGAUUAUCCUGUAGCUUUCUGUGUCGACCUGAUAGUGAAGUUCUUGGACAUCUCUGGUUCCUCAACAAUAUACCUGGAUUACUCAUUAGAGGACAGAGGACCCAAAACACUUAAACAUAUUUAUCAGGUAGCCAACAUCGGAAUGGUGCCUCUGCCGGUCACAGUAAAUUUCACCUUUCCAACAAAACCUGACAACAACUUUGAAAUCCACAAUUACAGUAUUUCACACAACAAGGUCAAUGACACAAUCCAGUGUGGUGCCCCCAAGGAUACAAGUACUCCGAGCUGUGCAGACUGCAAGAUGGUGGAGUGUUUCAUUCCCACAUUAAAGAUCUCUGAGAGUGUCCUGUUCUGGUUAACUGCGGACGCUGUCUUCAACCUCAGUCCAAAUGAAUAUACAUUCUCUGAAAAAAGAUAUAAGGAGGAGUACAAAAGUUUUGCGCAGAUCAGCCAUAAUGAAACACAUUACGUACAGACUCGAAGUGACCAAACUGUUACUGGAGCUGUUCCAGACUGCCACAGGGAUCAGGGCGUAAGCAAAGCUGAAUUCAUUGUUCCAAUCCACCUACCUCUGAUCAUAGGUUUAGCAAGUAGCGGAGGACUGCUACUGCUCAUCUUUAUUACCUUGGCUCUAUACAAGUGUGGAUUUUUCAAUACAACUGGACAAUAUCUACUUCAGCAAGGAGCUGAUUCAUGGUAGCUCAUGGCAGUGUCCCAACUCCCAACAUACUGAGUGUGAACAGUGAAGUCACUCACAGUUUGAGCAGGAGGCCUCUUGAGAAUCUGAGAUGAAAAAAGCACAGUCUGCUUUUUGCCACAAUUUCAAAUGAAAUUUCCUAUGACUGUAUCUACAGUAUGUUGUGUGUAAUCCUGCCUGUCACACAGUAAAUGCUGAAAGUAGUUGAUAAUUUUGCUGAAAUGAUGAGUGCUACAAACACCUUUGUUUUAAGAGUGUGGCAUCCCCUUUGAUGUAGAUGUGUCUUCUAUACAGUGGGUUUCAAAAGUAUUCAACCCCCUUGAAAUUCAUCACCAUUUUACAUUUAAGAAAGAUGUUAAAAAAUGUUUGCUCAAUUUGAACAUGCAUAUUUAUUAUCAUAUGGUGGUCUUUAACCUUGUAUGAC